AUGUCUGCCCCGCAAAAAAGUAAUGAGAAAGGGACGAAAAGAAAACAGAAUUUCACUGCAGCAGAAUGCAGUCUGCUGGUUGAUUUAGUCGAAAAAAAUAUGGACACAUUACGUGGCCAAUUUACUAGCACAAUAACAAAUGCUAAAAAGCAAAAGUUGUGGGAAACUAUUGCUUCCCAGAUAAACAGCUUGGGACAUGAAAAACGCACAUCGAAGGAAAUUCGGGAAAAAUGGCGAAACAUGGCCCAAAUUGCUAAAAAAACCAAUUCUGGGAUACUCCAGUCUCAAAGAAAAACUGGUGGAGGUCCUGCAGCAAAACCACCAACCACUACCACAGAAAAAAUUAUCAGUCUUUUGAGUGACGAGCCUUCCUUUUCGGGAAUACAAGGAGGUUUUGAGUCUGGUGUGCCAUCUGAUUCAGGACAUUCAGGUAAUUUUAUAGUAACUCUUUUCAUCUGUGUACUUUCCAAUGAAAUAAAAUAAUUCAGCUUGUCAAUGGCGUAUUGAAACAUUGAUAUUAAACUCGGUAAAUUAAACUAUUUUGCUCAAAUAUUGAAUUUAAAUUUUCCCGCCAAACAAGUUGGCGGCCAUCGCUGAAUAUUAAAAUAGGUGCUAAUUUAUACUGACUAACCCACCCUGGAAUUUUAUUUAUUUUCCUAUUGUUUAUCGAAAACAAAUGCAAACUUUGUUUCACCACAAUAAAAAUGUGUUUAUUCUUCAGCUAAAGAUUAGAAAGGACGAAUAUAUAGUCUAUAUAAAUGUGCAAAUUCAUACGUGACAAAUUUCAUAUAUUUUAAAAUAUGUAUACUUUUAACAUGCUCUAUCUUCAUACUUCUAUCAUUUUCCUAAAAUAUUUUCUCUUACUAUUAACAGAGUCUUUUAUUUCAAACGACCCACUUGGAUUCGAAGACGAAGUUGAUGAACAAAUUGAAGUUGAACAAAUUAAUGGUAAAAUCUAGUGGACCUUUUUAAUAAUAUAAUAUACAAAUUUAAUAUAUAAAGCAUGAAAGACCAUGCAAACCUAUAUUAUUUAACCUGUUUAUAAUGGCACUGGUGCCUAUCAUUUUGGCCUGCUUUAGGGUUAAAAAUCAAUAAAUUGGAACCCUUGAAACCUAUCUUAAACCACAUUACACUAUACACUCAAUUUUUGGUACGACACAGAUAAAACUGGCCCUCCGUACCAUUUUUAUGUGUGCUAAAACUUUGUAAAAUAUGUAUAGUCUCAGCAUCUACUGUAAAUAGUUUUAUCUGUGCUGUACCAAAAAUCAAGCGUAGUGUAAACAGGGUUUAAUUUUUUUAUAUUUUUAGAAUAAAAUGCAUAUUUCAUACGAAUUGAAUUUUUGUUAUCCUAUGUUAAUAGGUAGUGCAGGUGAGUCGUCAUCAUGCAGUGGAUCAUAUCAAAUUAUAGAUCAUUCCCCACUCGAGACACCACAACCAAAGAGGAAACGUCCAAGACUCAAGGCGAGAUGCGCCUCGACGUCCAAGAGCUUCAUGUUGAAGUCCUUCAAUUAGAGAAAGAGAAGGCAGAAAUCGAGAAGGAAAACCUUCUUUUACAACAGCAAAAAUUAAAGCUGCAGAUACACCUUCUUGAGAGAAAAGCGAAUGCUGCCGAAAAUAAUGAGCCGUUUCAAUGCCCUCUUUCUCCAAUAUACUAG